AUGGCUUCCAAACUCCUGCGGGUCAUCCUUGGGCCGCCCGGCUCGGGUAAGGGCACUGUAUGCCAGAGGAUCGCCCAGAACUUUGGCCUCCAGCAUCUCUCCAGCGGCCACUUCUUGCGGGAGAACCUCAAGGCCAGCACGGAAGUCGGUGACACAGCAAAGCAGUACCUAGAAAAAGGUCUUUUGGUUCCAGAUCAUGUGAUCACACGCCUAAUGGUGUCAGAACUGGAGACCCGGAGCUCCGAACACGGGCUGCUAGACGGGUUCCCGAGGACAUUAGUACAGGCAGAAGCCUUGGACAGAAUCUGCGAUGUGGACGUUGUGGUCAGUUUGAAUAUUCCUUUUGAGACACUUAAGGAUCGUCUGAGCCGACGAUGGGUCCACCCUUCUAGCUGGAGAGUCUAUAACCUGGACUUCAACCCGCUUCAGGUGCAGGGGGUUGAUGACGUCACUGGUGAGCCACUUGUCCAACAGGAAGAUGACAAACCUGAAGCAGUUGCUGCCAGGCUCUGGCGAUACAAGGAUGCGGCGAAACCAGUCAUCAAACUGUACAAGAGCCGCGGAGUGCUCCACCAGUUUUCUGGGACGGAGACUAACAAAAUAUGGCCUUAUGUUUACACGCUUUUCUCAAACAAGAUCGCACCUAUUCGAUCCAAAGAAGCAUACUGAGCCUGCCAUCGGAAGAACCAAGAAGACAUGGUCGUUCACUCAAUCAUGCGUGUAGUCCUGGUGCCCUGGCCAAAUUAGGAACUAGCGGAUAUAGCGUGCAGCAUCUUUUCUAGUUUAAGUGAUGAAGUCAUGAGGCAAAUCUAGUGGGUAGAAUGAAUUCAUGGAGAAGGAACCCUCCCGCCUUUGAAAAGAAGAUAUAGCUCUGCAGGUGCAUCCCGCCCUUCACGGGAAAGUGAGUACAGACUGGAUUUCCACCAGUGUUGAGCCCGCACUAGAUGGCUGACAGCCACAUGCUGCUCUCAUAGCCUCUGCAUGCGAUGGUGCAGGAAUCUCUGGUUCAUGCCACCUUCCACAGGCUGUUGAACCACAGCACUGUCAGCCUGAAAACUUGAAGGGCUGUGGUCCCAGCUUGUCCUCUGCCAUACUCUCUUGAUGACAAUUGAAUAGAUGCUGACUGCGCUCAGUGACUGCUUCUCCACAGUGACGGUUUCUCCCUCCAAUCUUAGAUACCCUCGUUUCUGCUGACUGUGUCUUCUCUCGUCUGCUUGCUCCCUCCUCCAUAGGCGAUUCAGUAACAGGAUAGUUUCUGCCUUUAUCCCUCUAACUUCCUCUUUCUACAAACAGAACCAGGGGACUGGAUUCAGUCCCUUCAUCCUUGGAUCUGAGCCAGGCAGAAAGCUUACUUGGUUAAACAGCUGCUCUGACUGUCUUGAACCUAUUCUGUACCUUUUAUUGUUUUAAAAAAAAAUAUUUCCCAAAGUCUUUGGGGAAUUCUCAAAAACAAGGGAAAAGCUCACUUAAGGAAAUGUGGGAUAAUGAUAUCUUCUGCAUAGAUGUAGUAAUCGUAUGGAAAUCACUGGACUAAUGAGAUGGUUUAGGCUUCUUUAGUCAAGGCAAGAUGAAUAUUGAACAUGCUGCUAAAUAUUAAUGCUGACAGUGUGUUUCUUCUGUGAGUGAUCCAAGCAGAUGGUAAGAAGUCAGCAAAGGGAACAAACCUGUGGACUUGGAGCGUCUUACACUAGAUGUACAUUGCGCCGGCACUGAGAAAGACAGCUUUACCAUUAUGGGAACGCAGAGUCUUUUUGUUUUCUUCUGAUUCCAAAGAUGCAGUCUAUAGGUGGCCAUAAAGUCCAGAAAUGAAG